AUGGGCAAGCGAGGCCAAUGGUCAGCCGAAGAAUGGGAUGCAUGGCGCUCCUCGCAUGGUCAGCCAUCUGGUGGAUGGCAUCGACAGAAGGGCAAGGCCAAAGAGGGCAAAGGCGACAACCCCCGCAAGGGAGCCGACACCCACCGAGACCGACGGCAAAACACCUUCCCUUCCUUCGAGACUAUGGAGGCGGGGAGCAGCAGCACAAGAUCGACUACCAAACCCAAGGACUCCAUGGAGAUCGACGACGAGGCACCUUCCAACGGCCAGGUCACCCGUGGAGUCCAAAAAGUACUCAACAGUCUGAGGAAGGCGGAAGGCAAGGCCCGCCGCUUGGCCGAAGACAAGGCGGAGACCCAGAAGAAAUGGGCAGCAUGGCGCGAGGAGCUUCAGCAAAGCUUCCUCAAAGAGAAGAAGCGAUACCAGGACCGCAUCGACAAGAUCACCCAGGAGCUUAUGGAAGCCGAACAGGCGCAAGAAGAUGCUCUUGGCGAACUUCAGAUGGCCCUCCUCGAGCCCCAGGCCCUGCACCGGAGCAAGGCCACGACCCCCGAGGACCCGGCGGCGCUGGCAGAAUUCGAAGAGCUUCUUCAGUCGCCGGAAAAGCGGCCGAACCAAGGCAUCGCCGACUUGAUCACGGGUGCCUUUGCUGGAGGACGCAUGGACAAGGCCGAGCGACGUCAAAUGCUGCUGGAGGCCAUAAUGGAGCACAAGGCAGCCCGCCGCCAGAAGACACCACCAGCUCGCAGGCGCCGAUCCCCGAGUCCGACUACUCCGCCAGGCGACAAGCCGAACCCUCCGACUACCCGGCACCAAACCGGUACGGAGGACACCUACAGCGGCAAUCCGGAGGAUGCGGCCAAGCCGGCGCCAUUCCCAGCUUCACCCUCGACUAUGACGACCAGGCCCGUGCCGGAUGGAACAGCAAGAAUCAAGUCGAGAUCUUCUGCCCGCAUACCUGUCAAACAGGUUGGCAGAACACCGUCACGCCCCAAGUCGGGAGCCUCUCUGGCGGAAAAGCUGGAAGCCCGCAGGGGGAUUGUCGAUGCGGGAGCGAUCGUGGAAUCCGACGAGGAGAUCCCGAUAGCCGACUUGACGGGGGCGAACACACUCGAUGCGGGCCAGCCUUCCUCCCUUCGCUACGGCUUUUUCGGUCUGUCCGGGCGCAGGGAAGGCGACAACACUGUGCUACAUCCUGAUGGUGUUCGUGGGCUUCACGAGACCACUGGGUUGGAGUAUCCUUUGUUCGGGCACGGCCCUUCGGGAGGCCACGACCCUGGAGAUACAAGGAGCAGGAUCAACUACGAUAUCCUUGACCUCUUCGCCGACGCUAUCGACUACUUGGGUGUUGGCCUGAUACAGUUCGGAGAGGAAUGGAGAGCCAGCGGUUCGGGCUUCUGCUGCUCCCUCAUCCUGAUCCAGUUCGGAGCAUUGCUUUCAAUGCUCAAGGUGCGACCUUGUGGUUGCUCUGGCGGCCCGUACCGCCCCACCAGGAAUCCUUUUCUUAUGGCGGCACGUGUCCUCCUGAUAUUCGGUUUGCUUUCGCCCUCUAUGGCAGCAACCACAGACGAUGGACCGCCGCGACCUCCCAGGAACGGUGGCCACAACAGCCUGGGCUUCCCAGCGAUACCAAGGCAAACCGACCUCGAGCUAUGGGCUUCAGGGCAACUCACAGCACGUGAACAGAUGCUCAAUGCCUAUGAUGCCUAUGUUGCUGGAUUACCCCUGGCCCACUUUGAAGGAGAGAUGGCGCCGCCCAAUAUCACUGUCGCUGCUGUUGCCGAACCAGGUGACCACACCACUCCUGCCUGGGACGAACGGCGUGCCGUACAUGUCACUGUCUGGGUGGCAGCUCCCCACUUUGCCACGGAGGUCGUGGACCUUGGGAUUGCCUUCCCACUGAGUGAACAACGGCUUUGUGAUGCAGUCAAGGGAACUUGUGUCAACAUGCCCGACUACUUCGAGACGAUCCUCCCUACGGUUCCGCAGAUCGGCUCGCACUAUGGAAGUUGCCUUGCUGUGCCUUCCUGGCUUCCUGGAGCAGGCAAAACAGCACUGGUGAUGGACAGCCGGGGUAUUGGGGGAGAGAUCUUCCCGUUCAUCCUCGACGGCCCGCUCACCAAGCGGGCCCUCACCAAACAGUUGCCGGACGAGGCUGACCCAGUGGACCUUUACCUCUUUGGCAAUGCAAUGCCUAUGGCUGGUGAAGGCGAGUACCAAACAGUGCAAGGAGGCGUCAUCAAGGCCUUCUAUGAGGGAAGCCAUUGUACCUGGGAAGGCCAUCUCAGUGAACGACUGGAGGACCCCUCGCAUUGGAACCCUAUGCUGAACCCCCCGGGCACCAACGAUGCACCACACGUCGUCUACCAGAGCCCUGAGGACCAGCUCGUCUACUACGACAUACCGGGUGCGGAGGAAAACAGAUUGGAGCUAGCCGAGAGCCUGCUGGGGUAUGCGUCAGGACAAUGCUGGAUUUGCGAGCCAACCCAUCCAGCAGAGGACCUGACACAUGCAGGGCGACGGGUUCAGAAACAGAUCGCGGUCAUGCCAGGCCCGCGAUCCACCCAUGAGGACGACCCGGACGCUACGGUCAUCUUUGUCGACCUUCGUGGCCUUGGGCUUUUCCCUCAAUGGUUGUUGCUCCCAGGACAGCUCUUUAACUCCGCAGAGUACCUAGAGGGCAUCCAGGCCCCGAUUGUUGAUGGGUGGACGGUUGUUGUCGAGGGAGGUGAGCUCACCAACAACCCCGAACUCCUCAUGGUCAACCAUUGUGAGACCCUCAACUUCUUCCUCAAGGAAACGGGCGAGCUCACACCGAUGAGGAUCAAGACGAGGGCGAUGACAGCAGCAGCCCGAGAGAUGUUCUUCCGAACUCCUCAGACCUUUCGGAGGGCACACCGCCAACGGGACCAGGGCCAUUCGGGCCACCAAGGCCCACGCCGGUCAAUGACCGAAGCCGGUCCCCAAGGAGAAGAACGCUUCGACCUCACUCGUGAGGCCUUGCCACUGCCAGAAAACGAGCAGCAGAUUCGGGCUCUCCUCGGAGUCUGGCCGCCCGAUUGGAUGGCUUUCGAUGUGAAGACCCUCUCACUCCAGUCGGCCACUACCGAGGCCCUCGAUACAUUGCUUCAUUGGAGCCAACUCGUGCGACAGCCGUCUCGCCCCCGAGUACACAUCUACACGGAUGGAUCUUACAAGGCUUCAUCUCGCACGAGCGGGGCCGGCAUUGUGAUCCUCCUUGAGCUCGGCACCAUGUUGGCUCUGUACGGCAUUGUUGGGGAGCCCAUCUUGGGCUCUGACACUCAGGUAUGGGGCGAUUCCCAUGCCCCCGCCCUCCACGCAGAACAGGUGGCUAUCGCGAUUGCCCUAUUAUGGGCUGGGCAGAGCCUCCACUUUCUUCGACCCAGCGGCUACACCAUCCACUUCGACUGCCAAGCUGCGGGCUGGGCCACGGAUGGCACAUUUGCAUGCUGCAAUGAGCUGGCGGUGCAAAGCCGCAACCUGGAAAUGUACCUACAGGAGGUAACCCACCACGGCCUUCAGUUUGAGUAUGUCCAGGCCCACUGCUCCCAUGCUUGGAACGAACUCGCUGACUCGGUUGCCAAAGCGGCGGCCGCCCAGCACACCGACCUCCCAUGCCCACCGCCUGAAGUACCUAGUCUCUUCCUGCGCAUGGACCUGAGUUGGAUGGCGGCGAUUCUACACGGAUGCAGGCACCAAGCACUACCCAUCGUUGGCCACAAUCUGGUGUGGGACCCAACCAUACCAUCUGGUCCCAGCCCUCUGCAGCCCCAGGACCUCAUCCCGACACACUCUGACCGGGUUGGGCAGCCAGAUGGGCCGUCUCUCUUCUCGACCAGGAUCGCGACGGUCAACGUGCAAGGACUUGGGGGCAAGCGUCGCUACCUGUCUGAUCAGUUCCAGGAGCACCACCUUCAGAUCAUAUUCCUGCAGGAGACCAAGGACUCCGAGGGCGUAUGCAAGACGGCGGACUAUCUGAGAAUCCAGACAGCCUCCGAUUCGCAUUGGGGGGUUGGUAUCUGGCUCAACGCUGUCCGCGGUUUCUGCACGAUCGAUGGGGCCCCGCUCAUCGCUGCUGAAGAGGACAUCCAGAUUGUCUGCCACUCCCCGAAAUUGCUGCUUCUUGUGGUCCGAAAAUUGCAACGCCGCUUCAUCCUGUUCGCUGGUCACUGCCCCCAUAGUGGGCGACCCACGGAGAGGGAAAGCUUCCUCGACGAACUUGCAUCGCGGCUCCGAGCAGUCGGUCCCGCGGCCCUGUUGCUCGGAGGGUUGGACUUGAACGGCAAGCUCCCUCCGAACCUACCAGAUGUCACUGGCAACCUCCAACAUGGCGACCCCGACACAGCGGGUCAACAGCUUGGAGGGCUUCUCUCUGAAAUCGGGGCUUGGAUCCCGGCGACGUACGAGGAGCUCCACGUGGGACCUACGACCACGUAUGUCCACCCAUGCGGAACCGAGUCCCGCAUCGACUACUGCAUCCUGGGAGGCACUCUUCGUACUACUCGAGUAUGCAGCUGGUCAGACGGGGAGAUUGACACGGGCAACAAGCAGGAGGACCAUCGACCCGCAUGUGUGGCUAUAUUGAAGGCACCUUCGCUCGUGCCAGUGACCUCCCUCAACUACGACGGCCACGUUUUGACCGACAGAAACUACAGACACCUGCCGGCAAGGUUCUCUUUGCAAAGGCAAUGCGGGCAUAUGUCCCCCCAACCUGGAACACCCAUGUGGACACCCAUUGCCAGCACUUCCAGGACUACAUCCUUGCUGUCCUCACCACUUUUUCCAGCCCCAGUCCACGGAAGACGGGCGACCUACAUUCCAGACCAUGUCUGGCAAUGGCGAGAUACGAAGAUCCGUCUCAAGAAACGAACUGCCCAUAGACGUGGCCUAUGGAAGAACCUACUUGCACGGGCGUUUCGGAAGUGGGCUACCGGAGCUCCGGGCAAUCUCGAGGAGGAAAUUGCCACGCAGGGACUCUUCUACGAACUCUCCGCCACUGCGAUUGGAUAUGUGACCGCCAACAUCAAACGGGGAAUCUACCAGGCCAAGGAUGGCUUCCUCAAAGAGUUGAUUGCAGAUGGGGUUCGCAGCACAACCGACCUCCUUCGCAAAAUGAAAUUGCAUGGGGUAGGCGGUCGAAAAGCCAGGGCCCACACGCGCCCCCUCCCCAUCCUGCUGGACGCUACCGGUGAGGCUGUCACAUGUCGUGCUGACCGAGAUGACCUCUGGCUACGACACUUCAGUGCACAAGAGAUCGGUACUGUUCUCAGUGUCACAGAUUUUCUCAGUGCUGAGACUGCCAAAUGUGCCGGGGUUGAGGAGAUAGAAUGGUCCUUUGCAAACAUGCCUACCCCGGUCCAGCUGGAGCAGCUACUGAGAAUGGCCCCGAAGGGCAAAUCCCCAUGCAUUGACGGCAUUCCCGGAGAGGCCCUCAGGGCGGCCCCCAGUGCCCUGGGUCGCGCAAUGUACCCGCUGAUCGCCAAGAGUGUUCUCACGGUCCAACAACCCAUCCAAUGGCGAGGAGGCAUAUUGUAUGCUGCCUACAAGGGCAAGGGCCUCGCCUCCGACCCCGAGAACCACCGCUCACUCUAUGUGAGCAGCCUCCUCGGCAAGACCUACCACCGACUACUUCGUGACCAAGCCCACGGAGCCCUUCAGGACACCCUGCACGGACUACAUUUGAGGAGUAAGCGGCAGGCCCCCAUCCAGUUCGCCUCGCUCUACUUGCUGAGUCUUUUUCGAGCUGGAGUCCGAGGGAAACGCUCCAUAGGAGCGCUGUUCCUAGACAGCAGGGCUGCUUACUACAGAGUUGCCCGAGAGGUGGCCAUGGGGCCCAUCUGCGAUGACAACUCGGUGGCCCGGGUCUUCAAGCAUUUCGACUUAGACGGGGAGGAUAUCCACGAAUUAUACCAUCUGAUCCGAGCUGGGGGCUUAAUGACUGAAGCUGGGGCUCCUUCGAUGACCACGGCAGCUGUACGAGACCUCCACCAUCGGACGCGGGCCAUCAGUGCCUACUCCAUUGGAGAGGCCCUCGCCUCCUCCCAAGCUGGAAGCCGCCCUGGCGAGUCCUUCGCCGACGCUAUCUUCUCCUUUGUGUACGCAAGAGUCUUGGGCCAAAUCACCGAAAUCCUUGAUGGUGAAGGGGUGCUGUGGUAUAUGAAGUACGACUCUGCUGUGGGAGCCUUCGGUGGCAACGAUGAGGGCACCCCCCACUUGAUCAGGGACGCAACUUGGGCCGAUGACAGCUCUUUCCCUUUUGAGGACGACUGUCCAUGGCGAUUUGUCAGAAAGGCUCAGGGAAUCAGUGCUGUGGUCAUUUCAAAAUGCCAGUCCUUCGGGAUGGACCCCAACUUGGCCCCGGGGAAGACGGCACUGGUGCUCUCUCUUCGCGGCAAGGGCUCCCAGGCGACCAGACGUCAUUUCUUUGCCGAGGCCCAGUACACCCACCUGGGCGGGGUACUGGACAUGAACGCGAAUGGCAAGGCGGAAUCCAGCUUGGCUUUAGCCCAAAGCUCGUACGACAGUGGACGACGCCUGGUGUACCAGAACAAGAUGCUCCCGCUCUCCACGAGAGCCAAGCUCUUCGAGGUCUCGGUUUUACCCAGCAUCUUCAAUUUGUCGCAGUGGGUGCCUCGCGGGGAGGCCUGGACAAGGCUAGCUCUGGGGUACACAAGGAUUGUGCGCAACCUCCUCAUUCCCCAUGUCCCGGACGACAGGCUUUUCCACGUGCCCUCCACCCUGAUCUACAAAGCUACAGGAUGCUGGCGCCUGGAGCUACAUGCCAGAAAGGCACGCUUAAGUCUCCUGGUCUCGCUGAUCAUUGCAGGCCCUGAGGUCCUCUGGGGUGUGCUACAGACAGAGCGGGAGUGGCUUUACACGGUCCGAGAUGAUCUAUGCCAGCUUCGGGCCGACCAGCCACACUGGCCGCCAAUCCAAGAUGUGAGCUGGCCGCAAUGGUGGCACCAGAUCCGCGAGAGCCCUUCUCGCUUCAAGCUGGGGGUCAAGAAAAUGCUGCGCCGGCAGCACGAGAAGAUGAUGGGCAUGGAAAUCCAGUGUCUCGCCCUCUGGAGCCUAUCCCGACAGGCCACCCUUCCAGGCACGACCCAAGGGCGCCAGGAAGACCGGUGGACCUGCCGCCACUGUCAAUGUGGGUUCAAGAAGAAAGCCAACCUGUCGGUUCACUUCUUCAAGACACAUGGCCGUGUUGCCCGACACCGGCAAUGUGUCGUCGGAACGUACUGCGUUGCCUGUGGUGGACAGUACAGAUCGCAGGCCCGGCUCCAGGCCCACUUGGCUAGCUCGCCGAACUGUGUCGAUUAUCUGAUCCGUCUUGGUCGUACUACUUCGACCCCGUUGCCAGGGCGAGGAAGCAACCAAUGGCGAAAGACAUCAGCGACUCAGUUCACUUGGCAACCGGUCUCUUACGAUGGUGAGAUCGCGGACCCCGUCUACCUUGCCGACCGUGAACUACCGUGGGAUGAGACACCCCUCAAGGCCUACAAACGGCUUUGCGAGGCCCUCUCGGAGGGCGAUCAGGGACGGACUGUCCGACAGUUACGUGAAGAGAUCCGAACUGUGCUCGCACAGCACCCCCUCUACCGUGAGGAGGAGGAGUUGAUCGUUGAGCACACCGCCAAGGAGAUCGCGAUGCUCCAGGCUGACGAACUGUUCCGCGGGGACUACCACAAUAUUGAGGUGGUGCUCCGCGAUCGAGACAGCCUCCUCCAUUUCACCCCGAGGCUACAUUCAGUCCCAGACCACGGACUCGAGACUUUCAGAGAAUUUGACCGUCAUGCGGACGCGUUCGACUGGACAGCAUUAGUCCACGAUUGUCAACGACGGUGCGGGACCCUCGAACAGGUGCAUGUGAUGCUCGAUGCAGGGUGGGAAGCUGAAGAUCCUGUUUUGAGCUGUACCUGGGAAACUUCAGCCGCGCUAGUCCGGCCAAUCCUGUUAGUCCCGAGCCAGGUCAGGAAGGCGUGGACCCAAGUCCUUGAAGCAGGAACCGCGGUCGUAAGCGCCCCUGAAUCCUUUUGGUCCAGCCGACUAUCGGCGCCGUUUAGAGCGCUGAGGGCCUCUUUGCAGUCUUAA